GUACUGAAUCAAAACAAUGUCUCAGCAGUCGAAGAAAACAAAACGAAGAAAACGACUAGCUUACAACGACAAGAGAGGUGGCGAUGGUUCGUACGUGUUGUGUUAUAGGUUGCACAAACAGGUCGCACGAUGGACGUGGUAGAAAAAUGGACAACGGGUUGAGAUUUUUCACCUUUCCCACUUGGAAAAAAACCCAGGGACCGCAGGUUGGGGAGAUUUCAAAGCGGCGUCGUAUGGCUUGGGUCGCUGCUGUCAGACGUACGGAUAUCACGUUCGACAGGAUAACUCCCUUCAUGUUUGUUUGUUCUCGACAUUUUUAUAAAGGGAAGCCGGCAUAUGAAAUGAUGGAGAAUGACCCAGACUGGGCGCCAUCGCUACAUAUGGGCUACACAGAGCACAAGCACAACGAUGGUGCAUGUUCCUCACAAAAAAGUAAGCCAGCGCUGUGGCGUGGCCACAUCCAGGACGGACAACAUGAGACUUUAGAUGACGCUAAAGCACGGACGCCAGAGAAUGAGCAAUUUAAGGAGGCGGUAACCCAGACAGUCAAGGAGGAGCAGUAUGAAAUGGUCAUACAGGAAAUAAAAGAAGAGGAGGAGCAGAUUGAGUGCAACGUGGAAGGCAAGGAAGACGCAAUCCACCAGGUAGGCGACUCGAUUGAAUGCGACUUUUGCAUCCUGAGGGCCUCGGAAGUUAACCGCCUUGUGGAAGAAAACAGACAACUCAAGCGCGAGCUUGACGCGUUCAAGAUGUCAGAUGGUUUCUUUGGUGAGGACGACGACGAUAAAGUGGAAUACUACACAGGUUUGCCCAGCGUGGGAUCUUUCACGGCAUUGUUCCAGUUUUUGUUACCUCUCAUGCCAACACAAGAGAGCGGACUCAGUCCAUUUCAAGUCCUCCUACUGACCUUCACACGCCUCCGUCUGGACAUGCCGACCCGCCACCUCUCUUACAUGUUCAGCGUGGCGACAAGCACAGUUGACAGAACUUUCAAAGACACCGUUUCAUUUUUGUAUGCACAGCUAGGACGUUGGAUCACGUGGCCAAGUAGAGACACUUUGCAGAGAGCGACGCCUCGUCAGUUUGCAGAGGCCUUUGGUGGCAAAGGAGUCGUGAUUGUGGCCUGUUUAAAAAUGCUGGCUAAAAAAACACUGCAUCAAAAUGAACGUGCUGUAAAGUACUUAAUUGCUAUGACACCCGGUGGAUUUGUUAGUUUUGUCUCAAAAGGCUGGCACGGCGUCACGAGUGAAAAGACAAUGCUGGAGAAAAGUGGCUUUCUCAAUAAGUUAUUACCAGGUGAUGUCAUCUUAGCAGAUUUUGACUCAAAGAAAGAUAGUGGCUUGCUUUGUGCUGAGGUCCAACUCCCAGCCUUUCCCAACAUCCAUUGCCGGCUCGCUGACCGCAAUUUAGACGACAUGGCGCAAGUGAGGACGCUUGUUGAAAAGGUCCUUGUGAGUAUCUGUGACAAGUAUAAACUCCUACAGGUGGACGUCCCUGUCAACAUGAUGCUGGCAUGUGAUGGUGAAGAAGUAACGUUUUUGGAUAAGAUUGUCACUGUCUGUUAUGCGCUGUCAAACUACUGUCCAACCGUAGUUUAACAAUGUGCAUGUCGACUGUACAUUAAAGUUGGUCAUGUUGA